AUGUCGGGAAGAGCCGGGGAGGGGGUGGGGGAGGGGGGACCCGGGCCCCCCCGGAGCUGCCACCGAAAGCGAAACAACGUGGCGGGCGGCAGCCAAUGGCAGCGCGGCGCUGGCCCGCCCACGUGGCCACGGCGCCUCCUCAUUGGUGGAGAGGGCGGCGGAGGGGCGGGGACAGGCCGGACGCGGGGGAGACCACCCGAAGGGGCGAAGCGGGACGGGGCGAGAUGCUGCUGGGGGUCCCUUGCCUGUGGCUGCUGCUGCUGGGCCGGGGGGGGCGGAGCAUGGGGGGCUCCCCCGCCCCCCUCCUUGGGUCACGACCCCGAUCACGUGACCGGCUUCGGCCCCGACCACGAGGCGUUCCUGGGGGGCGGGGAGGAGGCGCGGGAGUUCGAGAGGCUCCGCCCCGAGGAGAGCAGGAGGAGGCUGCGGCUGCUCCUGCCGCGGGUGGACGCGGACGGGGACGCGGCGCUGAGCGCCCCGGAGCUGCGCUCCUGGAUGGAGCGGGGCCGGCGGCGGAGCCGAGCCCGGAGCGCGGAGCGGGCCCUGAGGGAGCACGACCGGGACCGGGACCGGGCCCUCACCUGGGACGAGUUCAGCAGCGAGGCCUACGGAGCCGGGCCCUUGGGCGCCCCCUCGCGGCGGCAGCGGGCGCGGGACGAGCGGCGCUUCCGGGCCGCGGACGGGGACGGGGACGGGGCCGUGGCGGGGGCGGAGCUCGAGGCCUUCCUGCACCCGGGGGACUUCGAGCGCAUGCGCGGGGUCGUCGUCAUGGAGACCAUUGAGGACCUGGACAAGAACGGAGACGGCCUCAUCCAGGAGGAUGAGUACAUUGGACGGGCUGCUGACGGAGGCCGAGGUCCUGGCCAAUUGGGAGAUGUUUGUGGGGAGCCAGGCCACCAGCUAUGGGGAGGACCUGGAGCACCCCCACGAUGAGCUCUGAG